AUGUUGCUCAGUGAUAUUCUCUUUCAGAUAUACACGUUAGCGAAUUUAAAUUUAAUGCUAACGGCACCGAACGAGGAUCCUGUGGCAAGUUUGAUCAAGUCCUCGGGAUAUCCAGUGGAAAAGCAUGAAGUUCUCACCAAAGACGGGUACAUCAUAACUUUGCAUCGCAUACCGCCCCGCAGCUCAAAUUCCAGUGCCAUAAAAAAGCCCGUUUUGUUGGUGCAUGCCUUGACAUCGUCUGGCGGCCAGUGGGUCGUGAACGGUAACAAAAGUCUCGCAUUCAUGUUAUCCGACCGGGGGUUCGAUGUGUGGAUCAUGCACGCUCGAGGCACUUCGUAUUCCCUGAAACACCGAAAUUUGUCGCCGCGUCAUCCGAGAUUUUGGGAUUUUAGUUGGCACGAAAUUGGGGUUUACGAUGUGGGAGGCUCCAUUGACUACGUUCUGCAAAAAACGCAGCAGAAAAAAGUUUUUUACGUCGGUCACAGUCAAGGACCGACAGUUUUUGUCGUACUAAUGUCCAUGCACCCGGAGUACAAUGAAAAAGUUGCUGCUGCCUAUUUGUUGCAGCCAGCGAUUUUUAUCCACAACACAUACGGCUUUCUCAGGCCUGCGGUGAAAGUCCUCACACAAUUCGCGAGAACGAGAAAUUUCGAAAAAAUUCUCUUUCAAAACUCCUUGACGGCGUUUUUCAACCGGAACGUGUGUGGGAAUAAGCCAUUCAGCGUGCUGUGCGAAAAUAUGGCAAUUUUAUUUUAUGGCGGCGAUACCGGACAAGUUGUUGACAAGCACAACAGCAUGGCAAAAACAGUGAAAUACGCGUUCGACAAUGUCUCCGUGAAGCAACUCAUUCACUACGGCCAGGUGUAUGGCGACGAAAAAUUCCAAAUGUUCGAUUAUGGGCCCGAGAUAAAUCGGAAUAUUUACAAUGGCAGCAGCACGCCGCCGGAAUAUGAUUUGUCGCGCGUUACCGUGCCGACGAUCGUGAUGUAUGGCACGCGAGAUGCACUGACAACGGCCAACGACAUAAAAACGCUGAUGGAAAAGCUGCCGAACGUGAAAGAGGUGUACAAGUUGCCCUGGAAUCACGGUGACUUGAUUGUCGGGAAAGAUACGGAUCUGCUGUUCAAUCGCAUCAUACAUUCGAUGGAACGGUGGAAUAAUGAACAAGUGAAGAUAUGA